GCUUUACUUUAAUUUUAUAAGAAGGGUUUUAGGGCUUGGAUGCUUUGUUUUCAUUGAAGAACUAAGAAGAAGGAGUGAAUAUAAGGAAUAUGGGAACUCACAUCAAUUUCAACAACUUAGGAGGUGGUGGUCAUCCUGGAGGGGAAGGGAGUAGUAAUCAGAUGAAGCCAACGGGUAGUGUUGUCAUGCCCUUGGCGAGGCAGUCCUCGGUCUAUUCCCUUACAUUUGAUGAGUUACAGAACACACUAGGUGGACCGGGAAAAGAUUUCGGGUCAAUGAACAUGGAUGAACUCCUGAAGAGCAUAUGGACUGCCGAGGAAGCUCAGGGCAUGGCCAUGACUUCUUCAUCAGCUGCUACAGCGGUAGCGCAACCCGGUACUGGUAUUGCUGGUGGGAAUCUCCAGAGGCAAGGCUCGUUGACGUUGCCUAGAACGAUUAGUCAGAAGACUGUUGAUGAGGUGUGGAAAUGUUUGAUCACCAAGGAUGGUAAUAUGGGAAGUAGCAGCGGAGGCGGUGGUGAGUCAAAUGCGCUUCCUGGGAGGCAACAGACUUUAGGGGAAAUGACACUUGAAGAGUUUCUGUUCCGUGCUGGGGUUGUAAGAGAAGAUAACUGUGCUCAACAGAUGGGUCAGGUCAACGGAAACAACAACAACGGGUUUUAUGGUAACAGCACCGCUGCUGGCGGCUUAGGUUUUGGAUUUGAUCAGCCAAAUCAAAACAGCAUAUCAUUCAAUGGUAAUAAUGAUUCUAUUAUUAUGAAUCAGCCACAUGGUUUAGGGCUCAAAGUAGGUGGAACAAUGCUGCAGCAGCAGCAACAACAACAACAACAACAACAACAACAACAACAACAACAACAACAACAACAACAACAACAACAGUUAUUGCAGCAGCAGCAACAACAGCAGUUGCAGCAGCUGAAUCAGCCUCAUCCACAGCAGCAGCAUCCGCAGCAGCGGCUGCCUCAGAUCAUUUUUCCUAAACAAGCAAACGUAGCAUUUUCUUCGCCUGUGAAUAUAGUCAACAAGGGUUUUGCUGGGGCUGCAAAUAAUUCCAUCAACAAUAAUAAUGGAUUAGCUAGUUUCGGAGGAACUGGGGUUACUGUUGCAGCAACUUCUCCAGGGACAAGCAGCGCAGAAAAUAAUUCUUUAUCACCAGUUCCAUAUGUGCUUAAUCGAGGACGAAGAAGCAAUACGGGUCUAGAGAAGGUUAUCGAGAGGAGGCAAAGGAGAAUGAUCAAGAACCGAGAAUCAGCUGCUAGAUCAAGAGCUCGAAAGCAGGCUUAUACAUUGGAACUGGAAGCUGAAAUUGAAAAGCUCAAGAAAACGAAUCAAGAACUGCAGAGAAAACAGGCUGAAAUGGUGGAGAUGCAGAAGAAUGAGCAGCUGAAGGAAUCGUCGAAGCGACCGUGGGGCAGCAAAAGACAAUGCUUGAGAAGGACAUUAACUGGUCCAUGGUGAAGGAUGAAGCAACAAGAACGGAUUAAACCAGCUGCCUAGCUUGGGACUAAUGUAAUAGGAGUUAGUGCUACCUGUACAGGAGAUUAAGAGAAAUUGAGUGAAAAAUCUAGGUUACAGAGUAGGAGAGAGUUUUCAUUAUGAAUAAAUGACAGUUUGUGCC